AUGCCCACUUCUCUCCAGGCGAGUCUUAUUGCCCAUCGGCAUACAUGCGCUGCUAGUUCGAUCCAGCCCGGAUUCACGCGCCUCCUGAUCGACGACUCGUUCUCGUUGACUGUUGAUCCAACUCGCUGGGCUACUGUUGACAUGUUGCGCCGGGUUUCAGAUACUGCCAUCUGUGGCCAGACUGGCAGCAGUUCGGGUCAGUCAACGUGUACGGAAACAUUGACCUCUGUCGCUGCGGCAACUGGCACCUACAUCGUGACUCCUCGCAUCCGCUUCAACGCCAGUUCUCCAGUGGCCUGUUGGCGCGAGCCGUCUCCUCGGCUUCCUCUGGAAGAGUCGGGCGAAUCUGUAGAGUCUUGGGCGGCAAUAUCGAAUCUCAAUUCGGCGUCUCAUACUCCUGGCAAGCAUAGCACCGAGGUAGAGGUUUGUCUUACUCCCGUGCCGGUUUGCACUCGUGUUCGGCGGACCGUCGGCGCUGGCGACAACAUCUCGGCCGGUGCUCUUCGGGUGCAGUCAGUGUCCAGGGAUACUAGACGAUGA